AUGUCUAUUCGCAAGCUUUCGACAGGCGUCUUUGCCUUGUCGACGCUGAUACAACAUGCUGUCGCUGCUCCUUCAGGCCCGGUCGUCUCUUUCAAGUUCCCAGAAGUCAUUGAGGCAGGUGGUAUGCACAACAUCCACAUCGACUACCAUUCAUCCCAUGACGGAGAAUUUUCGAUCGUCUAUGGUGAUUGCGGUAUCAAGUCUACAGCAGACGCGCACCACGUUCUCGGCAGCACCCAUGUUGGAAACCAUGACCUGGCAGAGCGUCAUCUGGACUGGCAUGAACAGAGACCAACCCGUUUCGUCUGGCUGGCUCCUGAGGACAUGUCUAGUGAUGGCUGUCUGCAUGCUUUCUCUGGUGAUGUCUUGCUUGGAAGAUCUGCACCUGUCAGUGUUGGCCGCAGGAACAACAAGAGACAUCUUGCCGCUGCUGAAAUCAUGGAUGCUAUGGGCCCUUGGUUUGAUGGUGUCACAUAUCUCAAGGAGAAGGAACCAGAGUCAAUCUUUGUUGCUCAAACCAAGAGCAAGUCCGUCGGCAUCCUCGGUGGUGGUAUGUCUGGACUUAUGACCGCUCACAUACUGGACUCAGUCGGCUUCCAUGACUGGCAGAUUAUCGAGGCUUCAUCGCGUAUUGGAGGCCGUGUUCAUACAUCCUACCUCAACGCUACCAAGUCUGAUCAAUAUCAGUACCAAGAGAUGGGGCCUAUGCGCUUCCCUGUCAGCUUAUCGAUGGACAAUGAGACCAUCGAGAUCAAUGACCACAAGAUGGUCUUCCAGCUUGCCGAUGAGCUCAACAAGCAAAAUCAACAUGACCCUGCUUAUGAAGUCAAGUUCAUUCCCUGGAUCCAGAGUGCUGUCAACGAUCCUUCCAGCACAACCAAGAGAAAGUCUGAUGGCACUGUUCCUGGCGUCGCUGAGGUGAAGAAAAACCCAUCCCUCGCGGUCAACACCACUGCUACAUACAGCAACGCAACUGCUGUAGCCGCAGCAACAGAAGAGUAUGAAAACUGGCUCGGCAUGGAUGCCGAAAAGACUCGCCUCUAUGCAACCAACGUCUUCAAAGCACACAAGCAAGCCGUGGCUGAAGGCUUCCUCGACUUCUCCGAAUCUGGCUAUCUUCGCUACAAGAUGGGUCAAGACAACAACAUUACUGAUCAGAUCGACUCUGUAGCUGACAACCUUCCCUCAUGGCCAUACGAGGACGUGUACUUUGAAGCCACCAAAUGGCGCACCAUCGACCAAGGUCUGAGUCGUCUACCUGCAGCUUUCGGCCCUCAAGUCCUCAACCGCACUCGCUUCCAGACCUCCGUACAAGCAAUGACCUGGAACGAGACUUCUGAANAAAUGUCCGUCCACUUCCGUCCUGGCAACCCUUUCGAUAUGGAGACCGAGACCAUUGAUUUCGACUACACUAUCGUGGCAGUGCCAUUUUCGAAAGUCAGACUAUGGCGUCUUCCCGAUUAUUCAAGUCUGCUUAGCCGCGCUAUUGCACGACUCAACUACUCGCCCGCAUGUAAAGUAGCUCUCCACUACAAGACUCGCUUCUGGGAACACUUACCUCGUCCUAUUAUCGGUGGCUGUGGCUCUGGCGGCGGUAUCGCAGGCAUCGGCAGUGUCUGCUACCCUAGCUACCAACUCAACAGCAGCGGCCCCGGUGUGAUCCUCGCCUCCUACCUCUCAGGCGACAUGGCCAAAUCCCUCGGCGCCAUGACCGAAGAACAACACGUCGCUUACGUCCAACGCGCCAUGAUUGAAAUCCACGGACCCAUCGCAGAACAGCAAUACACAGGCGCCUAUGACAGAAAGUGUUGGGCCAAUGACGAAUAUCAGGCUGGUGCUUGGGCAUCUCCCACAGCUCUACAGCAGGAUUUAUAUCUUCCUGCGUACUUCCAGACGGAGAAGCAUACGGUGUUUGUGGGUGAGCAUACGAGUUAUACGCAUGCGUGGAUUUUCUCGGCGUUGGAGUCGGCGGUUAGGGGAACUACGCAGUUGUUGUUGGAUAUGGGGUUGGUUGAUGAGGCUAAGCAGGUCACUGAGUUUUGGAUGGCGAGGUGGAUUAGUAUGUAA